AUGUUAUAUCGAAUUAUUGAAAAGAUUUACAAACAAAUUCCUUUGAAGUAUUAGUAACGAUUAAAGGAUUUGGAAUUAGAAAAUCUUUAAAAUAUGAGAGUAUCCAAUUUACAUUAUUUAGAUUGAAAUUACAAAUGGAAUUGUUUAAAAAACUUUUAAUUAUGAAGUCCUAACAAAUAGAAUUCAUUUAAUAUAAGUAUUAUUUGUUUUUAACUAGACAUCUACAGUAAUUAAGGAAUCGAUUCGUAUUUUACUCAAAUUAGAAAUUCUUCCAAUAUAUCCUUUAAUUUAUUUAAUUACUAUACCUGAUUUGUUGAAAUCGGAAUUGUACAUCAUUUCAUAUACAAUGAUUUGUUUAAUUCUCGAUUUAAUGAUUUCGUUUUUUUUGUUAUUUUAUGUUUUAAAAGAGAGAUGGAAAUUUGAGGAAACAAUAAAUAAAUAAGAAUGUCGAAUUUUAUGUUCAAUAGAUCAACUUUUAUAAACUUAAAACAAAUAAUCUUCAUAAAAAAUUGAAUGGGAAAAAUUGAAAGUUGGAUAAAUUGUAUGUUUAUAACAAGGGGAAAUGAGUCCUGCAAAUAUUUUAAUUUUAGAAUCAAGUUAAUAAUAAGUUUAAGCUGAUUAUGUAAUAAAAUUUCCUUGUCCAUGUACUUAUGUUAAUCAGGCUUCAAAAACUAAAGGUAUUAUGACAAAAUUUUUAAUAAAUUUAAGUGGCUGGAUUCAAUUUUCAACAUCUCAUAAAGGUACAAUAAAAUUAAAAAAUGAUCCUAAAGCUACUCAGUUUACUGAUGAAAAUAUAAUUUAUAGAGGAUAAAUAUUAAACUAAACAGAUUGGAUAUUUGGUAUAGCUAUUCAAGUAGGUCAUAGUUGUUUUCAAUAAAGAGAUAGAUUUUAUAAUUGGAAUCAUUAUAAUUAAAAUAGUUUCUUUAUAUUUCUAUUAACUUUUUUGAUAUUCAUAAUCCUUAUUGUCCCAAAAUUAAUCUAUGUAUCUAAUUUAGAAUAUUCCUCAUACACCAAUUCUAUUAUAAUUUGUAUAUUGCUUUUUCCUUAAAACUAUUUUCUUAUCAAUUAAGUAUGGUUUUUAAGCCAUAUAUUAUAAACAAAAACUUAUGAAAAUAAGUAAUUGAAACUACUUAAUAAAGAUAUUCAAAAAUAAGGAUAAAAUAAAUCUGAUCCAAUUCUAUAAGAAUAUGAAAAGAAAGUGCUAAUUUAAAUAUAAAAGAUUGUAUCAGCCAAUACAUCUAUUGUAAGUCUUCCACAAAUAAAAAAAAACCCAAAUCAAGAUUUAAUUUAUUUAUUUCAUUAAUUAAGUAAUUAAACUAUACUAGAAUUUAUUAAAACUGACGUUGUUGUCUUUGAAAAUCCUUAGAAACUUAUGAAGAAAGAUGUUAGAAUUUGUAUGCUUUUUCAUGAUAAAUGUAAAUAUUACUUCAAUUAUGAGAAAUUAUAAGCGAUUAUUGAAAAAACAACGCCAAGAUAAAAAAUUAAUUAUGAAAAGUUGUUACUUGACACAAAUAGAUUUUCUGCUUAUGAUGAAUAAAAAACUUAAGAUAUAGAUUUAUUAUUAGCAGAAAAAUAAUAACCAACAUUAAGAGUAAUUGAAGAAAAAAAGUCUUUUUAAAAAAUGGGUUUUUUAAGAGAAUAAUCAAAAGCUAUUCAAAUUGAAAAAGAAAGGAGAGACUCAAAAGAAUUAAAAAAAUCAGGAGUUGAUUAAAAAUUAAAUCCUUACAGUUCUUUUAGAAAAUAAAGUGUUAGAAAUUUGUUUUAAUCAAAUAUGUUAGGAUCAUUAUAAUAAAAAGAACAUUAAUAAGCACCAGUAAAUAAUGGUAGUUUUAUUUCUUAUCAAAAUUCUCCAAAAAUAUAAAGAUAGAAAAGUAAUAGCCACUUAUCAUAGACUAAUGUAUUAAAUAAUCCAAAAUCUGUUACUGGAUCUCUUAAGAAUAUUACUCCUACCUAAUAAGAUUAGAGUAGUGAUUAAAUUAUUGGUGAUAUUUAUAGUGAACAGGAUUUUAUAAAUAAAUUAUUAAAUAAAUAAGAUGUGAUAUCAAACGAAAUAUUAAUAAUGUUAUUAUUAUGUAAUGAUAUAGAAAGUGUUUAUGAUAAAGAAGAGAAGAAAAUAGAAAAUAUAUAUAAAAAUACAUUUGAUAAAUCUAUCUUAGAUUUUGUAAAUAUUUUUGAUUAUAAAUUUAUUUCUAGUGCCAUAAUAGAUAAUUAUAAAAUUGAAUAUAAGCAAAAUUAGAUUACUAAAAAAGCUAUAUCUAUUUAAGGAGUUAUUAAAGUUUUUGAUAUAAUAGCUAUUUUGCAUCCAACUGAUAAUAGAUCUGAUACACUUACAAUAUUAGUUAAAGAUCCAGAAUCAUUUGAAUUAGAAGAAGGUGUGUUAUUAUAUACUAGAAUUGUAGCAAAUCAUUCUACUUCUAGAAAUUAGAGUAAUUCUAUUGAUAUUAUUGAUGAAAUGUUUUGGGAUGGACAGAAAUCGAUUUAAUAUUAUAAAAAAUAAUUAAAUGCUUAAUAAACUGAAUCAUUUUUAACUAAACUUAAUUCAAUUAAUGAAACAUAUGGAAAUUAAGAAUAAUAAUUAGAUUCAUUGUAUUAAUAAAUUGAAAAUGAAAGUGAAUUAUUAUUUAUUAUUGGUCUCAAAUAAUUCAUACCUUUUAAAAAUUAAUUAGUAUCAUAAGAAAUCACUAAUAAUAAUUUAAAACCUGAUAAAUUGUUCUAGACUUUAUAAAGGUAUAAUUACAAAUAGUGCUUUUUAAUGGAUACUUAUGAAGAUUUGAUUUAAUUUUUGCGAACUUAUCAUAUUACAGAAAAAAAAUCAAUAGAACAUUUUAUAGAACCUAAUACUAUUUAAUUUAAAUUUAGAUAAUUUAUUUAAAAUAUGAUUGAAAAAUAAAAUAUUUUUGAAGUUUAUGAACAAAAAAUAGUUGAUAACUUUUUAAUUAUAAAUGAUUAAACUCUAGAAGCAAUUGUUAAAGAUGAUUAUCUAAAAUAUCACUUUGUUGUUCUUUUCUAUUUCUCAUAAGGAGUCGGAGCAUAUAAAUUGGAUGAAAAACAAAAGGGCAAGUUCUUAAAACUAUUAUAAAUAACUGAAAGAUAUAUAACAUCAAUUGGACCAGGAUUAGAUAAUUAAUAUUUCUUUUACAAAUCUAAUUAUUCAUUUAAUGUUGUUUAAUAAGAUCCUUAAUGUACUUUAUCUAAUCCAAAUUUUUUGAUUUAAAAAGUUGAUUAAUUGUUUAAAUUACUUUUUUAUUAUUGUCCAAAAACUUAUUUAAAUUAUGAAUCUAUUAUUUUAAUUUAAAUAUACCGAAGUUUUCUUUUUGGAUUUACUUCUUAUAUAAUUGAUUAUCAAAAUAACUUUAAUACUUUAGAUGAAUUAAUUUUAUUUUACUUGAUCCCAAGCAAUAUAGUGACUUGCUUAUUGAACUAUGAAACCUUUAUAACUUAAAGAAAAUUUGAUAAUAAUAAUUUUGAAAUAUAUAGGAAAAGAUUAGAAUUAAUUAAAUAAUAAAAUAUUUACAUAAAAAUAAUUAAGAUAAUAUUUGUAGCAUUAAUUGAUGCAAUUUUAGUUGAAAUAUGUUUUAAUAUAUUUAAUAUAUCUGAAACAUAGGAGCUAAAUCAUUAUUCAGUUUUUAUUUAUUUAAUACUAGAAUUGGUUGAGAAAUAAAAAUAUCUUAUAUCAUAUUUUAAUUCAUUUUAUGAGAAUGCAAAAAUGCUAAAAUUGAUAUUUUCAUUUAUUAUAUUGAUAUUUCUAUCAUUAUUGGUAUAUGCAUUGAUAACAAUAGAUAUUUUAUAUUAAUUUUAAAAUUAAAAUUUUACAUACUGGAUUUUUGGAUUGAUAUUUUCAAUAGUAAUAUCUUUUGUAUUUUAAGAAAUAUUAAUAUUGACUGAAUUUAAUUUACCAUGUCCUUAUGAUAUAAAUUUUCAUUCUUAACAUUAAAUAAAGAUAGAAAAGAUUAAUUCAUAAUUGAAAUAUUUAAAUGCUAGAGUUGCUUAUAAGAAUUAACCAAAGAAAUUUAUAGAGAAGUUAUUUUAAGGGAAAGAUUUUAUGGAUGAAUUGUUAGUAAAAAAGAUUAAAGGAGAUUAAUAAAUGACUGAUUAAAUGGAGAAAGAUUUAAAAUUUACAGACAAAAGAACAGAAAAGGAUUUUUAGAAUUCAAUAAAACCAUAAAAUUACUAUAUAUUUUUAAUAUACGAGAUAUCAAUAUUUGGUAUAAGAGUAUAUUAAUAAAUAAACAAUCUUAAUAUAGCUUAUUUAGUAAUUAGUAUAAUAUAAUUUGUAUCUAUGACAAUGAUUCCAUUAAUAAAAGUAUCAAAACAUCAACCAAUCUUUUUAUUGAGUUUGAGAUUUAUAUUCUUUAUAAUUUUACGUAGUUUAAUGGAUACAUAAUUAAUUGAAAUUCAAAUGUUUUUGAUAGGGUUUUCAAUAAGUCAUCAUCCAUUAUUGGGUCUUUAUGGUUAUUAUUGUGUUUGUAUAAUAUCAAUAUUAUUAGAUAUAGUAAUGGUAGGUAUAUUUAAUAAUGGAAAUCCUUAUCAUAUAUUAAAUCAUGGAUUAAUAAUGAUAGAAAUGUGUGUUCCUCUUAUAGUUUAAAUUUACAAGACUGAAUUUUUAUAAAGAUAUUAAUAUAUUUUAUAAAAUAAGUUAUUAGAUGAAUAUAAGAAAUUAAAUGAUGCUUUAGGAUUAUUAAUGCCUAGAUUUAUAAAAGAAAGGAUGUCUAAAGGAUAGAUAUAGAUUUCAGAAGAUUAGGGUGAUGUUGCAAUAUUAUUUUGUGAUAUUUAUGAAUUUGAUGAUAUAAUAAAGAAUGAAUAAAUAAGAGUGGUGGAUUUCUUGGAUAAUUUAUAUCGUUAAUUUGAUUAAUUUUGUUAAGCAAAUGAAUUAUAAAAGAUAGAAACAGUUGGUAAAACAUAUAUGGCUGCUGGAGGAUUAAAAGAUUAUAAUAUAUCUGAUAAUCUUAAUCCAACUGAAAGAAUUUUAGAUACAGCUAUGUAAAUGUUGGAGAGUGUAAAAACUAUGAAAUAUGGAGAUAAUAAAGCAGUUGUUUUAAAAAUUGGAAUUCAUUAUGGUAGAGUUAUAGCUGGUGUAAUUGGUGCACAUAAACCUCAAUUUUCACUUAUAGGAGAUACUGUUAAUACUACCAGUCGUGUCUGUUCUACUUCAUAACCUGGAAUAAUAACUCUUAGUUAAUAAGCUUAUGAAAAAGUAAAUAAUUAAAAAAAUCAGUUUAAAUUAAAAGAAGUUGAAGCAAAGGGUAAAGGAACUAUUAAUACAUAUUAACUUAUUAAAACUAGUAAAAAAAAAUAAUAAACAACUAUUAAAAUGGCUGAUGAUAUUGCUAAAUCUCCAAAUUCACAUACUCCUAAUUAAAUAUUUAAAAAAAUCUAAUAAAAUCUUUAACAUAAAAAAGUAACAAUAUUAAAAAAAGUCUCUUUUAGUGAGGAUAGAUAAGAUUUUGGAAAUCCAUUAACAAUUCAAAAUACAAUUGCUAAUGGUAAAUUAACAACAAAUUUAGGUCCAUUAGGAAUUUAACCAUUAAUAAGGGCAAGUUCAAGAUCUAUAUUUAAUUCAUCAUAUUAAAUAGGAAUUAAUGUUAAUAAUGAAUAAGAAUAAGAAUAAGAAAUUAAUAUUAUAAAUAAUAAUAAUAUAAUAAAUAAUACUAUUAAUAUUACUUAAAAAGAUGAUAGAGAUAAAACUAAAAUAGAAUAAACAAAUAUUAAUAAUAUUUAAGGAGAAGGAUUAAAAUAAAGUAUUCCUUUAGGAGGUUAUGGUACAUAAGGAGCAUAUAGUAAAAGAGUUUCUAAUCUUGCAAUGGAAUUAAAUCCGAUCAAAUCAAGAAAAUCUAUUUAUAAGAGAGCAGGAACGAAAACAAAUAUAGGAGAAGAUCCAAUAUUAAAUAUGCCUAUUGGAGGUUAAAAAAUGACUGAAAGUGUUAAACUUGAUAUUAUUAAAAGAAAAAGAACUAGAAUUAUUGCUGAUAAUAAAAUUGAUUUUAUUGAUAAACAUGAUUCUCAAUCUGCAAAUAGAUCUCCUAGAGAAUAAAGAAAUAUAUAAAAUAUGGAUGAAUUAGAAAUUAGAAAACUUAUUAAAAUUGAACAAAGUUUUUAUUAAAAUCAUUUUGAUAUUAAAAAUAUGGAAGAUAAAGUAGAAAUUGAAAAAUUUGGUAUUUAAGAAUCUGAUUAUUAAAGUGAAAAUCAUCAUUUAUAUUUUACUAUCUAUGAUUAAUAUAGAGAUUAAGAAAGGAAAUAGAUAAAGAUAUUUUUAAUAUUCCUUGUUAUUGUUUUAGUAAUUAAGAAUGUCUUAUAUUACUUAUUGAAGAAUAUAUAAAUCUAAUUGUAAAUACUCUUUAUUUGCUAAUCAAUUAUUUGUUUAUUGUUGGCAAUUGCAAUCAACUAUAUUAAUUAGAAUAUAAUAUUAAAAUGGAUGAUAGGAUUUUAUUUUUUAAUAUUUUCCAUUAUUAAUAUUUUGAUAAUAGAUGCACAUUAUAGUGAUAUGGAAUUAAUAUUUUAAAUAAGUCAAAUUACAUCAGUAUUUUAAAACUUUUUUUAUUUGUAAAUUUAUAAUUAGUAAGAUCGAAUAAAAUUAUCAAUUUUAUACAUAUUAUUAAUACUAAUAAACUUAUUAUAUAAUGAAUAUAUUUUAGAAAUAAUACUUUUUUCAAUAAGUGUUUUUUUAUAAAGUAUAAUGAUAUAGCAUAAAGAAUUAUCUGUUUUAGUAGAAAAUUAUCAAUGCUAUUCUUAAUUUGAAUCAAAAAAUGCUAAGUAAACUUAGAUAUUAUAAUAUUUAUUACCUUAACACAUUAUAGGUAGAUUUUUUUCGACUGAUGCAAAUACUUCAGAUAAUUUUAUUGAUGUAUUUGAAAAUUGUACAAUCUUAUUUGCUGAUAUAGCAGGAUUUACAAAAUAUUCAGGUUCAGUAGAACCAGAAUAAGUUGUUAAUAUGUUGAGAAUAUUAUUUUAGUAAUUUGAUGAAGAAUGUUAAAGAUUUCAAGUAUAUAAAUUAUAUACAAUUGGUGACUGUUAUGUUUGUAUGGGAAUUAUUGAUGCUAAUAAUAGAGAUCCAGUUGGCGAAGUAAUUAUUUUGAAUAAUUAUUGAUAGGCUAUAAAUGUUGUGUUAUUUGGAUUAAAAAUGAUUUAAAUAAUAUAACAAAUUAAUAAAGAUCCUUAAUAUCAACAUUUAAAUAUGAGAAUAGGUGCUCAUACAGGAAGAGUUAUUGGUGGAGUUGUAGGAACAGAUGUAGUUAGAUAUGAUAUUUAUGGUGAAGAUGUUACUAUUGCUAAUAAAAUGGAAUCAAAAGGAUAAGAAGGCAAAAUUAUGGUUAGUUAAGCAACAAAAGAUUUGAUAGAAAGUGAUUAAGAAUGUAUUGGAAUCUUUGAUUUUGAAUUUGCACUUGAUGUACACUUGCCUUAGAAUAAUACAUCAAUAUCUGCUUAUUUUGUGCAUUUUGAUUAAAAUAGUGAUGAACACUGA